UGUGGUGAAUAGUAAGUUCAGACUGGGUUGUUUAUAUCUAACGCUGGUGUUUUUCUGGAGUAACCUCAGAGGCUGACAACCCAAACCGACACCCCACCCCCCACCCUCAUUCCUAAGAGUCCACAAGAAGUUGGAAGAAGAAGCGGCAGACUGCAGUUAGUAGCACAGUCCUGAGGAAUCCCAGCUGAGCGCAACAGACAAUAAAAUAGUUAUUUGUACAGUAAUUGUGAGGGCAACUUUCACUAUCUUGCCAAAGUGAAAUAAAGUGUUCCAGAGGCUUCGUGCGUCUGGGCGGAGUGAAAACUUUCCAUAAAUUGAAGAAGCUGCAACUGUACAAUGGAGCUUGUGUUGUUGAUGAUAAGCGCUUGGGCAGCUCCUGCUUUUGUUUCGGCAGCUGACGAGGACAAUGACAGUGCAUUUAAUUAUGACUAUGAAUCAUUGAGGAUUGGAGGCCUGGUUUUUGCAGUGGUGCUCUUCGUCUUGGGCAUUGCUCUCAUUGUCAGCCGGAAAUGCACCUGCUCAAAAAGUGACAAACCCAGACCCAGGGUUGACCCAGAAUCGGGUGGUAGAGCUUAGAUACUGUAUGUUGAAGUGCUUUCUAGAGAUUUUAGCUCAUCGAAACAAUUGAAGCUGACAAUUUCUUUCCAUGAAUGUGAUUUUAUUAUACAUUACACUGCUUAUGUUUGUAUGUUAAUGUUUUUAUAUGAUCAGUAGUACCUAAAUAGAGAGCCAAAUAGAUGUAUUAUGUAGUGUUUUGAUUGAUAGAUAUGAUUGUGUGACAUUUAAAUAAAAUGUCCCAAAGCCUAAA